GGCUUGUACGUGCAUAUCUCGUCAUUGAUCAAACACCUUUUCGCAGUCAUGCUGACAAAUGCAUGAAACAUUAGCAGACGAAAAGAGCUCACUCACGUCAUAGGGUCUUUUUCUGUUUCACCAUUCAUUAUUACAUCAUAGCAUUAUAUCGCUAUUAUCACCGCUCCGUGGGACGUUAUGUUCACAAUUUCGUCAAGUGUUCAACUGUAUAGCUUACAGAAGUGCUAUGACUUUGUUGAAAUGCAACGUCAUUGUGUGUUUUGCAUUUGUAUUUGCAGACUGGGUAUCUCAUGAACAAUCGCACGUAUUUUGCAGAUCUAAAGUUCGGUUUCGUUUCCUGUGUUUUAACGUGCUUAUCGUAUAUAGUUCAAUUUGCAGCCGCUGAAUUUGGAAUACGCAUACAAGAUAUAUUGAUGAGAAGAGGAAUCUGGAUUGUGAGGAAGGGAAGGAGACAGUGUCACUUAUCUAUAUAUCACAUGGUAUUUUCGAAUAAACCAGGUGCAUUUUUGUCCAGGUCAUCAUGGAGUGGAUCGUACAAUCCGAUACAAGCUUAUGGCUCAUGACAGGUGCCAUCGCAUUGGUGGUCAUGUGGUUUGUGAAGGGUUUAAUGUCUCGACCCAAGAACCUUCCACCAGGGCCAGUGGGGCUGCCAUUCCUGGGAGUAGCGUGGGAAAUGAUGAGGGCUAAACCCGACCCCCUCGCUCUGUACUCGUCCUGGGCGGACCAGUAUGGCGACGUCGUGUCCUUCAAGGUAGGCCCCAUGACCUUUGUGCUCCUGAACUCUUACGAGGUCAUUGUGGAAGCCUUCAGCCACCCCGACCUCAACAACCGACCCAAGAGCCAGAUGGUAGAAGAGGCUCUCGGACUUGCUAAUAAUGGGGUCAUACUUGCCAACGGAAAGGUAUGGGAGGAGCAGCGAAAGUUCGCCCAUUCUGUCUUCCGCAGUCUCGGAGUUGGCAAGAAGAGCUAUGAGGACACCGUGGCAACCGAGAUGGACCAACUCAGGGCAGCCAUAGAGGAGAAGGAGGGGUCUUCGUUUGAUCCAAACCUCCUCUUCGGACAAGCCGUUGCAAACAUCGUCUGUUCCGUUGCCUUCGGAACGCAAUAUAAAUACUCUGAUGUCGAAUUCAGACAGAUUUUGAAUCUCAUGAAUGACAACAUGGAGUUAUCGAGCGGCGGAGGGGCACUUCUAUUCCUCCCACUGCCCGGGAUAUCUAAGAUUCCUUUUGGGGCGCCGAAAAAGAUGGUCAAGAACAUGAAGGAGGUUAACAAGUUUCUCCUGAAUCAGAUUGAAAGCCACGAGAAAUGUCUGGACCUGGACCAUCCCAGGGACUUCAUCGACCUCUAUCUCAAGAAGAUGGCCGAAACAAAGGUUUUGGAGACAUCCUCCUACUCGAAGAUUAACCUGAACUCGGCUAUAGGUGAUCUCCUCUUCGCGGGAACUGAAACGACCACCACCACUCUCAAGUGGUGCAUCCUCUACAUGAUGGCGCAUCCCGAGAUGCAGUCACGUGUUCAGAGAGAGCUUGAUCACGUGGUAGGCAGAGAGAGACUUCCGAGGCUGGACGAUCGGAACGACCUUCCCUACACGAAUGCAGUCCUGAUAGAGGUUCAGCGUAAGGGAGCCGUAGCAGCAUUGGGUGUGCCCCACGUAGCGGCUGAAGACACCUCGUUCAGAGGCCACACUAUACCAAAGGGCGCCACCAUUUUGUCCAACAUCUGGAAGGUGCUGAACAGCGAGGAGCUCUGGAAAGAUUCUGAUGCCUUUAAACCUGACAGGUUUCUGACCGAAGACGGCAAGCUGAUUAAGAGGGAAGAACUUAUAUUUUUCAGUGUCGGUCGUCGAGUGUGUUUAGGAGAGCAGCUAGCUCGGAUGGAAACUUUCCUCGGGUUUACGAGUCUCCUUCAUAGAUUCACCUUCAAGAAACCAGACAACUCACCACCAUUGUCGUUUGAGGGCGUCUUAGGUAUCACGAGAAAUACCAUGCCUUACUUGACAUGCGCACUGAGUAGGGACUAACAAUGUCGUGAUUUUUAUUUUUAAAAAUACUACUGACAAAGAAAAAACAAACGACCAAACAAAAUAAAACACGACUUUA